UCAUGGGCCUGGGCUCCUCCCCACGUGUCUGCGUGUGGAGCUGAGUCAAUCAUGGCACCGACACCACCAGCUCGCCUCCCCUGCCCGAGUUAGACCUCCCCCAGCGCCGACCCUCACACGGAGGAGAUAGCUGCACCUCCACGGUGAAGCGAGCAGGUCGGAUGUUUUAGAUCUGCUGCCGCUCCCCUCCUGUUUCAUCUCCUCCUCUCCCCUCCUCGUUCUGCUCUCUUCAAUAUGGCGAGCGGGGAUGAUGACGACCCCAUUAUAGAAGAGAUUGAUGUGUACCUCGCCAAAAGCCUCGCAGACAAGCUGUAUCUUUUCCAGUACCCUGUCCGGCCAUCCACCAUGACCUAUGACGAUGUCAACCACCUGAUGGCUAAGAUCAAACCCAAGCAGCAAAGGGUGGAGCUGGAAAUGGCCAUCAACGCAUCAAGUCCAAACUACUGUCGCAGCAAGGGAGAACAAAUAGCUCUGAACGUGGAUGGCACAACCUUCGACGAAACCAACACGUAUUCAGUGAAGAUGAUGGACAAACAGACCUUCUCGUCCAUCCAAGCCACCACCAACACCUCCAGAUACGCUGCAGCCGUGUUUCGCAAAGGUGAGCUUCACAUCACACCUCUGACAGGAAUCCUCCAGAUGAGACCCAGCUUUUCUUACCUGGACAAGGCUGAUAACAAAACCAGGGAGAGGGAAGCAGCCAAUGAAGGUGGAGACUCCUCACAGGAUGAAGCCGAGGAAGAUGUCAAGGCCGUCACAGUGAGGUUUGCUCGCCCUGAGUCAGAGCAGGCUCGGCAGAGGAGGAUCCAGUCCUACGAGUUCCUUCAGAAGAAGCAGGCGGAGGAGCCCUGGAUCCACCUGCACUACCAUGGUGUCAAGGAUAGUCGGUCAGAGCAUGAAAGGCAGUACCUCUUCUGUCAGUCCGUGGACGCCUCUGAGAACUCGGAACUGGUCAAAACUCCCAAGGAGUACCUGGCCAUGCUGAUGCCCCCUCUCGCUGAGGAAAAAGUUGUGAAACCUGUUGGUCCCAGUAAUGUGCUCUCCAUGGCUCAGCUGCGUACUCUGCCGCUGGGAGACCAAGUCAAGACCUUGAUGAAGAAUGUCAAGAUAAUGCCGUUUGCUAACCUCAUGGGCCUCCUCGCCUCUGGCACAGACUCAACUGCGGUGUUGCGCUGCAUCCAACAGGUGGCGCUGCUGGUUCAGGGGAGCUGGGUUGUCAAGAGUGAUGUUCUGUAUCCUAAAAACACGUGCAGUCCUCACAGCAGCGUCCCUGCUGAGGUGCUCUGUCGGGGCAGAGACUUCGUGAUGUGGAGGUUCACUCUGGAGCGCUCUGUGAUGAGGAAGGAAAUUGCAGCCACCAUCAAACUUCCUCCGGAGGAUGUGAAGGAGUUCCUGGAGCAUGUGGCAGUACCUCGGGUCAACCGGGGCUGGGAGUUCCUGCUGCCUACCGACGCCGAGUUCAUUAAGAAACACCCAGAUGUGGCCCACAGGCAACAAAUGCUGUGGCUUGGCAUCCAGAGCAAAUUGGAAAAGGUCUUUAACUUCUCUAAAGAAGACUUUAUGCCAAAGAAUUGUCCUCAACCAGAGCCUGUUCAUGUCAGUGGCGAGGAGCGGCUGAAGAUGGCACAGGAGCGAGCGCAUGAAAACACUUCGUCCCUCCAGAAGGACCUGGACACCAAACGGGCAGGAAGCUCCGUCCACAUCAAACAGGAACCUGUCAGCGACAAGGACGACGAGCCCAUGGACACCACCUGCCCGCCCUCCUCUUCCGUCCCCAACGGUUCUGUAAAUGGUUACCCCAGCACCACCUCCCCCAACUUCGAUCACACUAACGGCAACACGCCGUCCCCAGAGCUGCAGGACUUUGUGACAAAGACUUUCAGGAAGCAUUUUGUACUGACGCUGAACGAGCUAAAGAGGCUGUUUAACCUGCACCUGGCUUCCAUGCCCGCGGGAUGGAGUGUCUUCCAGUCCGUCUCGGACCACGUGCUGCAGGACGCCAUGCUGCUCUGCCGCUGCAAACAGAUAAUGGUGCCUUUUCCUGCUCAGACCACAGCAGCAGCCGAUGAACAGAAGGUGUUUGGUUUGUGGGAAACUGGUGAAGACUUUGACAAGCACCGCCGGCUGCUGUACGAACUGUUCACGAAGAAUUACCGCAUCAGGAGGAACAUGCUACAAGCGCGACUGGCACUUGACUUUGAAGACGUACCCAAGGCGGACGUCGACCGGGUGCUCAAGGAGUGCUGCAUCAGCCACGCAGGGAUGUGGUACCUCAAGGGAACGAUUCAGUCUUGACACUGACAUCCUGCCCCCUGCGGUUCACCGACAACCAGUGAAGUCCUCUCCCGGGUGUCCAGUGGGAGGGCAGUCAAAGGGACGAGAGCCAAUCACAGCUUGCCCAGCUCCCGAGGCCGGGUGGCUGACUGGAGGAAAAGGAUUUCAGCUGUCGGCUCUGCUCAGAACUCAAAGCUUUUCUUGUUUCAUCUGAAACGUUAGCGUGAGCACUCUGAUGGUGAACUGAAGCUCCUCCCAUAACCACACAGACAGCUGGAGAAACUGAGGGCAACUUCUGAAUAUACAAAAAUGAAGAAACAGAUGGAUGCGCAUACGGCUUAUCUGUAGAUCUAUGACCAUCAUGUUAGAUUAUUUUUGAAUUAAACUUUUACCAGAUCAGUGGGGUGUCUACCAGGAAAACAAACCACAGCUAAAUAUAUUUUCAUUUUACUUGAUUAAACGUCACCAUGGAAAAAAUUGUCAACAAAGCAAACAUUAUUUAAGGUCCUCUAGGUAGAACCGGAUACAUUUUUUUGUAUCCAUUAAAUUCCCUCCUUUUUGAUGGAUCUUUGUCACCCGCAAUACACAAGUGUAAAAAGUGAGCUUUAAGCGUUGAUGA